CUCUGACCUCCGAAGGAGAAGCUCGCGAUGACACGGCCGGAUCAUCCAAGAUACUCAGUCACUUUAUCAAGCCGUUCAGACAGCUCCAGCGAAUGGUGUUGGGACUCGGAACCAACGGGCUUGUGCCUGGGCCGGCAUGGCAGAACGCCUACCCCGCACAUCUCCGCAUGGAAGAACCACUGCACUACACCACUUGUACACAAGUAGCGAGACUAGCACGUAAGUAAACAAACGGAUCAUCACGACAAUAUGGAAGGAGCGCAAGGCUAUGGAAAGGUCGACACAGCCACAGAGGGAAGGAGGGCAUCCACAAAUGGAAAGCCCGUAAAGACGGAGGUAGUUGACAGGCGGGUUGGCCACGAGAAUUCGUGAAUGUGAACCCCAUCUCCUCAGGCUUUGAGAGCAGUCUGCUCCUCUCCAGACUUCACAUACUUCUUUAUCUUCUUUGUUUCCACCUGGAGCUUCAUCUGGUCACUGCCCUUAUUGUUAUAGGAAGUUAGUGGGCACAAGAGUCCAAGUACUUGUAGCCUUCGCUGCCACACAUGACGGGACUAGAAUCCUCUGGGACAGCGCAGCUCUGCGAAGCAUGCAGCCGAAUUGAUUUUGUCUCCAUCUUCACAAGUCACCGUCUUCCCGUUGACCAAGCCCAGAGACCAACAUGCAACUGUUUUACCGCACUCAAUGCCCGGGGGCCGCAUGGCUGGCCAAGCUCCGGCGACCCAACAGCGACGACAACAACGUGUGCUUUUUGCACUUUCUACCUCGAGUGUCAGAUCCGCUCAAAAGAUAUUGCGAAGAUGAAAGGCAUGGAUCGAAUGGGCGUCUUUUUAAAGUGGUUCCACUCCUUGCAAGGCUUUCGACUGCGACAUGUCGAUGAAGGGAAGAAAGACUCACCUUCAAAAGAUUAUGUGCACGAUGUUGUGGCAUUGCAAAUCGUCGGGGCCCGGUGGCCUGCGCGGUUCGAUACCCAGAGCAAUGGACAUGCGAUUUUGCGUCUUGUCGACCAUGACCACUCGUCUUCUUCGAUGACGACAAUGCUGACAAGAGCUAAAGAAAUGGGCGGUGGGCUGCUGGCUAGAAAAAUCAUUCCCGACAAGGUUAACUACCGCCUCGUUGAGGAGUGGCUGCAGCUUUGCCGGUCCGGACAUGUAUGGUGCGACUCCCAUGAGGCCGACGAGGGUGGUGUAGUAGGAACAGGCCACAUCCCCGGGUUUCAAGUCAUCGACUGCACCACGGGAAACAUUGUGUCUUUUGCCUCCCUUUCCGGCAGUACUUCUCGUGGAGGGCAGUCACUGACACCACCAGAAUACGUCACGCUCAGUUAUGUCUGGGGCCAAGGUCCCUUUGAAGGGCCAGUCAAGAUCAAGCACCCUUCUGGCUCUCGACAACAACUGUCCCUGCCAGCCUCCCUACCGCUAACCAUCAGUGACACGAUUCAAGUCGUCCAGCGCCUUGGGUACAGGUACCUCUGGAUCGACCGGUACUGCAUCCCGCAGGACGACCUGCCAGCCAAGCAGAUCCAGAUCGAGAACAUGGGCCACAUCUACUCCCGCUCCGUGUUGACCAUCAUUGCCGCCGCUGGCGAGGGACCCGAAUAUGGGCUGCCGGGGGUUAGCGAGCGUUGGAGGGCCGAACAGCUUACUGUUCAAGUUGGGGCUGCUGCCCAAGGAAAAGGAAUUUCCCUGGCGUUAUACGAAAGGCCAAGAGUCGCCAUCACGGACUCAAAGUGGCAUACCCGCGGCUGGACGUUCCAGGAGGGACUCCUGUCUAGGCGAAGGCUGGUGUUUACGGACCAGAUGGUGUACUUUCAGUGUUACGAGAUGCAUGGGGACGAGGUCUUGUCGUUGCCGAUUCCUGAUGACCCUAGCGGUGAGGACAAGGACAAGUUUGACGAGAUCCGCUGCCUCUCCCUGGAUGACGAAGAGUCAGACUUUGGCUUCAUUUUCCCCCGUCGAAUAACGGAUUGGUCCAAUUCUGACACCGUCUGGGAUCGAAUCAAGUCCUUUUGCCGGAGACAGCUUUCGUUUGAUGCCGACACGCUCGAUGCUGUUGCUGGUAUCUUUGGGAUGUACACAGCGGAAAAGUCGAACAUACACAAAGGGGACGGGAUCUCCUUCUUCUACGGCAUGCCCAUUGCUCCUUUCCAGCCGGAGUGGAAUGAAUCAAACGAGCAAAGGUUGUGGACUUGUGAGUUGCGGACUUUUUGGGAAACAUAUGAGAACGUGGCCCCGGGAAGCAUAGAUCCGAACCCAAAACUGCCCCUAAAAAUGGAGGUGGAUGUAACGACUAGUCUCACCUACAAACUAGUUGAAAGCCUCCUCUGGACCGAUUCCUGGCACCACUUCCGCAAAUUCGACAGCGAUCCUUCACAGCUACUGCAACAGCGGUCACAGUUCCGGAGGCCGGUAUUCUUCAGCUGGACGUGGGCGGGCUGGAAGACAUGUAUAGUCGAGCGCGACAGAUUGUUUUCCAAGAUGUUCGAUAGCCGCACCAAGAUUCAUGUAGAGUACGAGGUUGAAGCUGGUCCAAGUCUCGCACACGCACCGAACGCAACGAAAUGGAGGCGACUAGAUUGGGAGCGAGACAACAAAGAGAUCUUAGAGCUGGCACGAAAUGCCGCUCAUAAAAUCCCCGCACGUCUAGUUAUCAGGGGAACCGUGCUGGAUAUGAGGCUCAAGUGGCGCGAUGGCGAGGAGAAUAACGAGUCUUGGUGGAGGAAGUUUGGGGAGUGGACGUUUACAUGGCCGCAGUUUAUGGAAGGGAAGUCAAUUGGCUUUCCGAGGGGUUUGUUGGAGGUUGCGGAACCUGGAGGCCGUACUGGCAAGGGAGAAGAGGUACAGGCUCUCGCCCUGAUACUAGCAGGAAAGGCUUAUUCGGGCGAGCCGAACAGGUCUCUGUUGGCGUUGUUGUUGAAGCCCGUUACGAGGAUGUUGAAUGGACGACCGGAAAGGAUGUAUGAACGCGUACACAAGAUGGAUUUGCAUCUGAAAAAGGAGGAGUACAAAGCUGAGUGGACACCGCUGGCUGGGUUGCUAAGGGAGAUGGAGGUGAGAUUGUGCUGACCAUUUUACAACUAAUCGACGCCGUAUCGCGGUACCGGAUAUCCACCAGCGGGUUCAUAGCUGUAUCAUUUGAGUUGAUGAACUCCUCCAGCCACUGUGAAACUGUCGAAGCGGUUCAAAAUCUCCCGGCCAACUCCCAAGGCUAAGCAGCUUCGGCGUACGAAAGACGCCCGCAGCUAGGAGGACCUCUCGUCAAAUCUUCUUGCCGGUGCUCGUAGUAGCACUGACCACGCACACUCCGGCCGCUUUCUUCCUGUUCUGGCCUUGCACAUUCUUCCCAGUGUCUGUAGCUAGUUUAGCGAAAACAACACGAGGUACUGUGUGUGAUUAGGGGCUCCUCCUAUGGGUGGGAUUGUGUAAGUCGGAUUUUGCAACGUUAUCUCCGGUAGCAAGCCUGUGAUCUCUUCUUUUGCGCUUAUACUUCACUGAGC